UAUGUGGUGUUAUAUUUUGGAAAACCGUUAGCGGAAGAGACCCGGUGUUUGUAUAUUCAGUUUGCAAUGUUGCUGCUCGUCACAUGGAACAUUUUCUCAAACUUUUACGCCACAACUGAAGAAAAUGAGUAGUACUGGUUCAAAUCAGAGGACUUUGUUCCAGACUUGGGGUGUCGCAGUUUCCCAAAACAAAUUUGUUCAACCAAAGAAAGAUGACGCUCGACGGCGCAGAACAACCCCAAGCAACACGGCUCAGGUAGCUACAUCACACACUCCGCAAAAUCCUUUAUGGACUGAAAUAGGUCAGGGGUCCACAUACACACCAGAAAUCCCAGUGAGGACUGAGGACCCUGUACCUGCUUAUGAAGAUGGAGAUGACGACGAUGAUCUUAUGGUGGUUGCUGUCUACGAAGCUGAAAAGACCCUUCAGCUUGAUAAUGCAAACUUUUUUCAAGAUGACAACCCUGUAGGAACAGAGAGCAGUGUUCUCUCUCCCAUCCUGUCAGGUGUGCAGACAUAUCCAGAUUUCCCUGGGUUUGACAGCUCCUCAGCUAAGGUAUGGAUCUACCCUACUAACUACCCCAUCAGAGAGUACCAGCUGAAGAUAUCAGAGGCUGCCCUGUUUCAGAACACACUGGUGUGUCUUCCCACUGGUCUGGGAAAAACCUUUAUAGCCUCUGUGGUUAUGUACAACUUCUACCGCUGGUAUCCAUCGGGGAAGAUUGUAUUCAUGGCUCCCACUAAACCUCUGGUGGCACAACAGAUCGAGGCCUGUUAUAAAGUGAUGGGGAUCCCACAGGCACACAUGGCUGAGUUGACAGGUAGCACAGCAGCAAAGCAGAGACAGGAGGUGUGGAGGUCCAAGCGCGUGUUCUUCCUUACCCCUCAGGUCAUGGUGAACGAUCUCACUAGAGACACCUGCCCGGCUCAGCAGGUCAAGUGUGUGGUGAUCGAUGAAGCCCACAAAGCACUGGGCAACCACGCUUACUGUCAGGUGAUCAGACAGCUCGGCAGCCAGACUCUGCAAUUCCGCAUCCUGGCCCUUAGUGCAACUCCAGGGGGAGAUACAAAGUCGGUGCAGUCGGUGAUCUCUAAUUUGCUCAUCUCCCACAUUGAGCUGCGUUCAGAAGAAAGCCCAGACAUCCAGGCACAUUCCCACCAGCGCAGCGUGGAGAAAGUGGUGGUUCCUCUGGGAGAGGCCCUUUCUGCUCAUCAGGCACGCUACCUGCAGGUGCUUGAGAAAUUCAUGUCUCGUCUGGUCCAGAACCGGGUGAUGGCACACAAGGACCUGAAGACUCUCACCAAAUACCAGAUCAUCCUCGCCAGGGACCAGUUUCGCAAAAACCCACCACCAUACAUCAAGGGUCCACAGCAGGGAAUGCUGGAGGGCGACUUUGCCCUUUGCAUCAGUUUGUACCACGGCUAUGAGCUGCUGAUGCAGAUGGGCCUCCGAUCGCUCUUUUUUUACAUCCAGGGAAUCGUGGAUGGAUCAAGAGAGAUGUCCAGGGCGAGGAAUGAGUUGCAGAGGACUCCCACCUUCAUGGACCUCUACCAUGAGAUGGAAGCAAUGUUUGUGAAGCCAUCUGCUGGUCCAGAUGAGCCCUUCAUUUACAGUCACCCGAAACUGGAGAAACUGGAGGGGGUGGUGCUGCAGCACUUUGCACAGUGGGCUGAGAGCUCUGCAGACAAUAAUGGUUCAGGUCCUCGGGAAGUAAGCACGCGCGUGAUGAUCUUUUCGUCGUUCCGUGAAAGCGUACAGGAGAUCGCAGCCAUGUUGAACCGCCAUGCUCCGCUGAUCAGGGUCAUGACAUUUAUGGGCCAAGCCUCAGCUGGGAAGGGGGUCAAAGGCUUCACCCAAAAGGAGCAGCUGGAGGUGGUGCACAGGUUCCGUCAGGGAGGAUUUAAUACACUGGUGUCGACCUGUGUGGGGGAAGAGGGGCUGGAUAUCGGAGAGGUGGACCUCAUUGUUUGCUUCGAUGCACAGAAGAAUCCUAUCCGCCUCGUGCAGCGAAUGGGACGUACUGGACGUAAACGGCAGGGACGCAUUGUUGUCAUCUUGGCUGAGGGACGCGAGGAGAGGACCUACAACCAGAGCCAGAGCAACAAGCGCAGUGUGUACAAGUCCAUCACUGGCAACAGAAGCGGGUUCCACAUGUACCCCAACAGUCCCCGCAUGCUGCCAGAGGGGGUGAACCCCAACCUGCAUAAGAUGUACAUUACCUGUGGCCAGUUUGACCACCGGGAGAGCAGCAGGCGGUCUGUCAGGGGUCGACGGUCCCGCUCUGAGGGAAGGGCCUCACUCAUCCACCCUCAAAACCUGAUUAUGCAGGGCAGUGCAACGUCAGACGGGUUUCUGAGCAGUACAGAAUAUUCCCUGUGGGCGUCCACCAUGAGGCUGAAGGAAGAUGAAGCUCAACCAACCCUGAAGCAGUCACACUUUGUGUCCAUACCCGCCGAUCUGCCACCUCAGGAGGAAGCUUCCAAAAAUGGGCCCCGAUCCAGGGAGCUGUCUUUGUGGGAAUGGAGACACUGGCAGCACAAAGUGCUUCCUACCCAUGUUGUUGAUCAUUCCCAUCGCUGCCACCACUUCAUUAAGGUGAUGGAGCUCAUAGACGGCAUGAGAGAGGAAAAUGAGGGGGAAUGCCGUUACGAACAGGAGCUUCUACCUUACCUCAACGAAGCCGAUGCUGUCGGCCACGUGAAGAACAGACAGAAGAAGCAGAGGAGCGCAAAGACCUGCACUAAAACUACUAACAACAAACCCAAACUGUCUCACUCGACGUUGUCUGAUCUAGAAUGUCCUGAUGAAGAAGCAGACAGAGAAAAGACAGAAAGAACGAGUUUAGUUUCCACAUUAGCUGUGACAAAACAAAGACCUCCAGCUGAACAUGAUACUGAAGCACUUUAUGAAGACUUCUCAGAUCACCCGAGACCUGAGGCGAUCGGUCCUCCUCCUUCAAAAAAUGACCGUCCAGAAGCUGACAUGGAUGACGACUGCGCCAUUAUUGACGAGGGUGUCAUAAAUUCAGAGUGUGCAGUGACAGAGCCUAUACAUUUGCACAGUAUUUCACAGCUGAUUACAAAAAUAGAUGAAGAUGAAGAUGUUGAACUUCAGGCCAUGUUCUACCUUCCUAAAUGGGAUUCAGUACCUCCUCCAUCCUCUGCUAAAUUCCUCUCAGGGAAUGAUGAGAGUCUGAAGGUCAUCCUGGCCAACGUGGCGGAGCUCCUGUCCCGAUCUCCACCGUCACCACCUGCAGGUUUAGAGGCUGACAUGGCUGCGCCGUCACUUCCUCCCUCUCCUCGGCGGAUUCAUCAGCCAUUUCAGGUCACCUUUACCUUGGACGUAGACGACGACUACGACGACGAUGAAGUGGUGUUAAGUGAGGCUGACAAUGCAUCCCCAAGGGCAGACUCACAUCAGCAUCCAGUGGGUGAAGAGGAGAGUGAAAUCUAUAAUGAUUGCCCUCAUCAGGAGCAGCAGCUUGUCCGUAAAGGGGCCGACAGCCCCACCUGGGAUGAGGUCUUUGGGGACGAAGAAGUAAACGAUGACCAUCAUCUCAGGGAAGAGGGCAGGGAGACAGACCUCCAGGAGGAACAGAUUGUUGAAGAUGCUGAAAACAAUAAGGGAAGCUGGGAUGAUUUGAGGAAUGAGGGAACGCCAGACUUGACGGAUGGAGGAGUAAAAGACGACAGGGCCUCUCAGUGCAGCUCUAAAACAGACAAGAGCAUGGAUCUGUUUGAGGAUGACGAAGCCUUCCUGCAGAUGUCCAUCCCAGACAUCUCCACUCCCGGCAUCACACCCAGGACAUCCCCUUGUGCCAGAGACAUUUCCAACAGCACAAAAAAGAUGACUAACACUUCACAAUUGCAUGACCCAACACACCCAACACACCCAACACACCCAACACACCCGUGCAGCACAACGCACACAGCAGACAGCACACACAGAUUAAACACAGUGCAAACGGAUGAAUUAGUGCACACAAAGUUGAUAACACAUACAACACAUGCCAAGCUGACACCUCAGGAUGCAAAUAUGUAUAACACUACAAAACAUAAUACAAACACAACAGCACCCAGUAAACGUAUAAUAGACAGUUCAGUGAUGGACGAAGUAUUUACAGCUGAUUGCAAAUCUCCCACAGUGCAACGAAAUGCAGACACCUCCCCUGACUACUUCUCUGUCAAUUUUGACCUCGGCUAUUCACUGGAGGACUCGGAGGAUGAAGCAGAGGUCGAGGCUGCCCCAUGUAUGUUGACCUCUCCACGGCCUAAGAAGCAGACUGACUCCCCGUUGUCUUUGCCAGCCGUCUCUAACUCUUCCACACCCAAUAACACCUUCACUAGACAGAGAACGCCUGCACAGUUCAGUGAAUCUAAAUCGUCUACAGCACAAAUGUUUUCAGAACAAAGGAGGAGAGGAAUGUCUCCUCUUCUGACUUCACCUUUGAUGCCUAAAGGUGGGGGACUCCCAUCUCCAAUCACGUCACUGGGAGCAAAGAGGACGCUCAUUCCUGGUCCAGCCGGGCCUCACACACCGACUUUACUCUCCAGCUUGAAACGGAGACGACCGACGGGUCGCCCCGUCGAGGCUGAGAGAGGGUCCGGUGUGGAAAACAAGUCAAGUCAGGAACCUGUUGUUGUGUCUGACUCCCCUCCUCAUCCAGUGGGGUGCAACAGUGACAGUGAAGAUGAAGUUGUGGUUCUUAAAAGAAGACAUCAGAACAAGGUCAACCCUUUGUCAUCCCCAGAAGUGUCCAAGGUCUCCAGCGACGUGGACUCUCCGGUGGUUGUGAACAGGAAACGUGCAGCUGCACUUAAUACUUCUGAUGAAGAGGGCGAAGCUGUUUCCGAUGAUGAUUUCCAGAAUGACAGUGUGUUCACGCGCCGAACCAGAGCACAGGGAGCUGAGAGGAAACACGUCCAACAGGCAAGAGCCAAGCACGCCGUAUGUCGAAAAGGGCGUCAGUUCCUGGAUCAAGAAGCGGAGCUGUCAGAGGAUGCAGAGGGGCCAGAUGUGUCAUCUGAUGAAGAGGAUGGAGAGGAAGAGAACCAGUCUCUUGAUGGGUUUGUGGUCGACAACAUGCACCUCUCCCAGGGACUGAAUGACUCAGAGAUGCAUGGGGUUUACCUAAAGUCAGUGAGAAGCCCUGCAGUCCAGGGCAAGUUCAAAAUGUCUUACAGAAACCAUCACGUUGACAUCUUUUCCCAGGUGCCUGAGAUGGAUGAAACGUAUGCAGAGGACAGCUUUGUGGUCGGCAGUGAGGUAGAGGAUGUGGAGAGCAGCGAGGAAGAGGCUGAAGACGUUGAGCUCAUGCCUGAGGACUCGUAUGUAGACGGUAGGAGGCAGUAUGCCACCAGACGACGUGUUUUCCUGCACAAAGUCAGAGCAGAAGCUGGAGCCGGCGUUAAGACCUGGGCUGAAGCUCCACCAGAGCAGAGAGCGGGGGUGAAAACCAAGCGUACCCGGGUCAUCCACAUUAAUGAUUCUAGUGAUGAGGAGAGAGGUGAAGGUAAUAAAGAGAGAAGUCCUCCAACAGGAGGGGAUGUUGCUGUCCCCUUGCGGCCAAAUGUGGCACAGCCGGAGCACAGCAGACCUCAGCAGCAGCAGCAGAAAGCCGUCUCCUCCUCGUCUUCAACCAUAGCAUCCAAGGUCUCAUUGUUGAGUAAAGCACAGAGGAGCUCAGUGACUGAAGAACAGCAAAAUGAGAGGUGCCGCCAGAGGUUAGAAAAUCAACAUCUCCUCUCUGAUGAGUUAGACUUUGUGAGGUCAGAGUCGCUGUUAUCCUCCAACAUUCAACUACAGGCAACCUCUGCCACCUCCUCAGUGCCUCAACCCCAGAAGUCCAUCGGUCAAGAUGUGUCGGUCAGUGAGUCCCCAGCUCCACCCGGGUCUGUCUGUAUUCUGGUGGACAGUCGCUGCAUCAGUACUGGAGUGGACUUGAUGACCAGCCUGCGCCAGCGCCACGCAGCCACCGUCCACGUCUGCUCACUUGACGGCAGCUACUUCAUCGUCAGCAACCGCAUGGCAGUGGAGAGGCACAGCCAGUCAGAUCUGGCCGCAGUGCAGAACCGGAAGCGAUUGGUCGAAAGAGUGAACAGCCUGCAGGGACUGUUUGAGCGCAUUUGUCUGAUUGUGGAGAAGGACCGUACCAAGUCAGGUGAGGCCUCACGUCCAUUUCAACGAACACGUUACUAUGACGGCACAUUAGCGGGCCUGAUGCGCACUGGAGUUCGCUUUCUGUGGAGCGAUGGUGCUGAGGAAAGUGCGGGCUUGCUGGCCGACCUGGCACGACUGGAGCAGCGAAAAGGUCAGGGCAUCAGUGUGCCGCUGGAGGUCAAAGGGCAGCACAGGCAGCAAGCCCUGCAGCUGUACUUGAGCCUGCCUUCAGUCAGCUAUGUCCAUGCUCUCAACAUGAGUCACAACUUCAGGUCAAUCAGCCAACUAAUAAACAGCUCCAUUGAAGCCAUACAGAAAGGAGGCUGCAUGAGUCAAUCCAGAGCUGAAGAGGUCUACCGCGUCCUGCGCUACUCCUGUGACUCCUUCCUUAUGAACACAUCCAAAGCAGGAAAAACCAUUUAGCAACCUGGGGGAGGCUGACUAGGAAUUCCACAAGCUUAAAUCAUCUCUGGUAAAAAAAAAGAAACAAGUGGAGAUUAAUAGUGAAGUAUCUUUACUUUUCCCUGCCCUUUGUUUUGCCUUCUUUUAUUUUCAGUCUCACAUCAGACCAGAGGAUGCCAGUUUCUCUGCUAUGUGCAGUAACUGUUCUAUCAGAUGUUGUAUCUCAAUGAGAUAAGAGCCUCAGGAUAUGGCUUCAACCUUUUUGCACAAGUUGAAGGGGAACCCAACUCAACCUGAUAUAAUUAUUAUAUAAUACAUUGGGUUUAUCUAUAUAAGCAUAGUAUUUGUUUAAAAAUCAUUUAAGACUUGUACUGGCAGUAAUCCUGUCAGACAGUAUUAGACAACACUGAUCAUAAGAACUCAAUCAAUAUUUGAAUAACUUAUUGUUUUUGCUACAAUAAUGGACACUUUUGUUUACAACUGUACUCUAAUUUCUUUAAUAAACAGUGAUAUUUUUUUUACAUAAUUGUUUUUGUGAUUGAAAAAUAUGGAUGAGCACAAAAUGUAGGUAAAACCUGUGAUUCCCAAGUAUAACCACUAGAGGUCAGCCUUUUAUAUCUUUAAAAGGAACAUGUGGCUCAGCACAUGUCUAACUCAUCCAUUCAUUCUGUUCAUUAUUUUUAUAGUAUGUCUGAUUGCUUAGAAUCAGCUUUCAAUUUUUAAAACUCAAAUGCUCAACAUAUUGUAGUAAAACUGUAUCAAGAUCUGUGUCUUUCAGGAUAUGAGAAAAGAAAGUGGCUUUUAUUUCACCAUUCUCUUAAAGAAAUACAGAGUGGGCACGCUACUUUGGUACAAGAUUUUGUACAUAGACAAGUACAGAACAAAAAGGCAACAUUAGAUAAUUAAAGCACCCCUUACACAAAGAUGUCAGCAAUCAUGUAUCAUCCACCAACAAAGUCGGACAAACCUAAUAUAUAAACGAAAUAUAGAAGUAAAGUCUUGAAACAGAAAUACAGAAUUGUAAUGAGGGUAAAUUUAAAGCCCAGAUAAAUUUCACACCUUCAUAAUUAAAAAGAUGACAUGAAAACAUAAAACACCAAAUACACAGUAUGUACACUUAUGUCAUAAGACAACUCCAAAGCAGUUUCAUACCUGCAUUUCUGACCCUACAGUCCCAGUCUUAACUUUCCCACUCACUGGUAAAGAGCAGUUUACAACUGCAAAUGUAGACAUGAAGGUGUGUAGGGAAAGUAAAAGCUUCUGUAGUUUUGACAUCUGUGCCACCUGCAGGCCAGUUGAUGUUUGAUUGCAGCUAACAUGCAAGUUCACAUUUAAAACCUGCAAAAUGUAAAGAGUUUUCACUUGUGCAAUUAUUUACUGGAUAGAGUACAGAGGUCACAUUGCUCUGAGUGACACGGUCUGUGCCCUCUGUUAGUAUGGAGAGGGAAGCAGGGGAGUCUUAACUUCAGAUUUAGAGGUUUUAAGACAACAGAACCUUUCUCAAAAUAUGUUGGUUCUAUCUUUGGUGCUGAAGCUUUGGACAAGGGAGUAUUUCUCAGUUAUAAUAACACUUGCAAGCCUGGUGGUCAAAUGUCUGAAAAUGUCAUCAUAAUGUUGUUUCAGGUUAAAACAUGUAUAGAGACGGAAGUAAAUGAUUAAAUGAUUUAUAAAAUCUUUCUAAGUUCACAUCAGGUGUUAUAAGCCACAAGCUGGAUUUUAUUUCUAGUUGACUAUUAAGUAGCUACUGGAGCUGAUGUUUAAUCAUUAUAAUUUUGCUAACAGGUAGUACAGUUGUACUGUCUUAAACUCAAAAACAGAAGCUACAAGUGACAAAAUAUGCAGGAGCUAUUAACUUGCUCUGCCUCCAUUAUGGUGCAGGUUACCGUGUACACAACUGGUCUGACAAUGCCUCCUUGUGGACAACAUGGAAGAUUGUGCUUCACAUCUAAUGACAGGAAGAGGAAGGUUUAAAAAUGCAUUUAGGAUUUUAAAAAAGCCCACUUUUUAAAUAAGCUAUCACUUUUGCUCAACACUGUAACAGAUUCUUACAUUAGUGGUAAAUACAAAAUAUAAAAUCUAUUGAGUGUAAAGUAAAAAAUGGGAUUGCCAAAAAUGUAACCAUUUUCUUAUACCAUAAGGUGCUUUCUUUGGACACUGCACAAUGUCCAAAACAACAUUACAAACUGCAUCAGAUCUGGUUUUUACACAACGAUUGUGUCAAAUAAUCAAACAUUUUAAAGAAAUAAUUACACAUCAUUAUUCUUUCUGACUUCUUCUAAACUUUAUGUCCUACUGCAAUGGGCAACAUCUGAGCCUGUAAUAUGUUCACUUUAAAUUUCAGAAUCUAAGGUAUUAUAUUAAAGAUGGACAAAGAACUGAAAUAAAAAGAAGACAGUUGUAACCUCAUACUCGAUUAAAACGUCAGGCAGCAGUCACAAUUUGGAUUAAAUUCCUAUGACUUUUCAUAGGAAAGCACAUACACAGUUGUAACAUCAGAAAAUGAAUACAAC